AUGGCUCUGCAGUCACUUCAAAGGCGCCUUGAUGCCACCACGGAAGAUCGUGUCGACCGAGACGGAGCCGAGCUGGCUGGGUGGCUGUUGUAUCAUCGACCUGAUAUCUUAUCGCGGCCAUUCCUUAGCACGACAGCAGCAGAAAAUUUGAAAUCCUGCACCCCACGGCGGGAGACACUGAUGGCGUCGCAUAAGAACCUGCCUUCCAUUGUAGGUCCCGAGGAUCUUCACAAAGUUGGUGAGGCUCCACAACCACCUCGUGAUACCGGGACACUGGAUAGCAAGAUGAAAAUGCUGGUCUGGGACGUUCAGAACAGCAGGAGCAUACCUCUCCAUCGACCGAUCCUUGCCAACCGACCAGAUGCACAGCGACGACUCGACCUGCAAAUCCACAAUAUCGUCAGAACGUGGGCCACCCAUCCCAUCCUUGCCUCGAGGCAUGAAAAGAGAGAGGAAGGCAAGAGAUGGCUCCGGUAUAGGCGAGAGGAGUAUCAACUGCAUCUUGCAACGGGCGUGCCUGUUGAGGAAUGGGAACGCCACCGAAAGCGGAUUCUGGAGAAGAGUGUGGAUCAAAGCAAUGGGACCGAGGACACUGAGCAAACCCAUAGUCGACUCCAUCAUCCUCCAGAAAUUACCACAUUGCCUGGACUUGCUGGUCUGGACUCUGCGGCGGAUGAAGUUUGCAGGGCGCCGGCAAGCAGGAGAAGGGCAUGA